AUGGACUCUAACAAGGUGGUGCUGGUGAGUUGCCUACUGGUGGCAGGGUGUCUAGCUCAGGCGCCCUACGCACCCCCAGCGGGGGAAAGCUCCUUCGCCUCUGCCAACUCCUUCGCAGCAGCUCCAGCACCCAUACAGGCCAUCGAGUUCAACCCCAACCCACCUCCGUCAUCACUGUUGGCUACACCUUUUGCGGCCCCAGCUGGUCCUGCGUUUGGACCUUCUGCUCCUUACGCUCCCCCACCUCCUCCUCCACCUCCUCCACCUCCUCCACCACCACCACCUCCUCCACCCCCUCCACCAGUUUACGCACCCCCUCCACCAGUUUAUGCACCCCCUCCACCAGUGUAUGCUCCCCCACCACCACCAAUUUAUGCUCCCCCACCACCACCAGUCUACGCUCCCCCUCCACCAGUAUACGCUCCCCCACCACCACCAGUUUACGCUCCUGCUCCAAUAGCUUAUGCUCCCCCUCCACCCGUUCCAGCUUCAACCUAUGGCCUACCAAGUUUUUGA